CGUAUGCUUACCGGCGAUGAGACGGUGAGCGAUGGCAACGCAUGGAUCGGCUCAUUGGCGUUGAGACAACACUUGCAGGCCUUCCAGCAAAGGGUCGGCUAUUGUCCACAGUUUGACGCUUUGCUGAACAAAAUGACGGGAAGAGAGACUCUAUUCCUCUUCUGCCGACUCAGAGGUAUGUGUGAAGACAUGAUCGACACAUACGUCAAGGAGUUGACAGCAAUGGUAGACCUCAUCCCUCACGUCGACAAAUGCACCGACACUUACAGUGGAGGCAAUCGACGCAAACUGUCGCUCGCUAUAGCCCUCUGUGCCGCCCCUCCCGUCAUAUUCUUGGAUGAGCCCACAUCAGGAGUGGAUCCGUCGGCGCGACGCAAGAUAUGGUCGACUCUGGCGUCACUUCAGAGGACGUAUGGCUCGGCUUUUAUACUGACCUCCCAUUCCAUGGAGGAGUGCGAAGCCCUGUGCGCUCGGGUGGCUAUUAUGGUCAACGGGAGGUUCCAGUGCUUGGGAUCUGUUCAGCACUUGAGACACAAGUUUGGACAGGGAUUCACUAUAAUGGCUAAACUUAGACGCGAUUUAGUGGACGACUCGUCAUAUAUGGCGUCCAUUGAAGAGUAUGUCUCGCGAUGUCUGCCAUCGGCU